UUCCCAUACAAGGCGAUGUACUUGAACAUUUUCUCCUUCCAUCCUUUCACAGGGAAGUGUAGUAGCUGUGCUUUCUUCUCCUCUCAGGAAGCGAAGAUGCAGUGCUGCGAUAGCACCGUAGCUUCUCAAAACCUCACCCUCUUCUACUCUAGACUCUCGCCCUCUCGUUUACGUUUUCCAUCUUCUACCCUCGCCCUUUGUAAAAAUCCCCUCUCUGUCCUCAAAUCCUCUCCCUUCUCUCCUCUCUCCAAACCCUAUAAAUGCAGGCAUCUACCAUUUCUCACUACCUGCUCUUCUUCUUCCUCUCCCCUCUCUGCUUCCGAGACCGCUCGAAUCAAGGUCAUUGGAAUCGGCGGUGGUGGCAACAAUGCCGUCAACCGCAUGAUUGGCAGCGGCCUCCAGGCACUUGAAGAGGGAAUUGAAUUCUAUGCCAUCAACACAGAUGCUCAGGCCUUGUUGCAGUCAAGUGCAAAGAAACGGAUUCAAAUAGGAGAACAACUAACUCGUGGGUUAGGUACUGGAGGCAAUCCAGAGUUGGGCGAGCAGGCCGCUGAGGAAUCAAAAAAUGCAAUCUGUGAAGUCCUUGCUGAUUCAGAUCUUGUUUUUAUUGCUGCUGGAAUGGGGGGUGGUACUGGGUCUGGGGCAGCUCCUGUUGUUGCUCGGUUGUCCAAAGAAGCCGGCUAUCUGACUGUGGGCGUGGUCACUUAUCCAUUCAGUUUCGAAGGUCGCCGAAGGGCUGUACAGGCUUUGGAAGCAAUUGAAAAACUGCAGGGAUCUGUGGACACCCUCAUCGUCAUUCCCAAUGAUCGGUUGCUUGAUGUUGCCCCUCCUCAAACACCUCUACAAGAGGCUUUUCUUCUUGCUGACGACGUGCUGCGUCAAGGCGUUCAAGGAAUUUCUGACAUUAUCACCAUUCCAGGCUUAGUAAAUGUGGAUUUUGCUGAUGUCAAGGCUAUAAUGAGAGACUCUGGAACUGCAAUGCUAGGGGUCGGGGUUUCUACAGGCAAGAACCGUGCUGAAGAAGCAGCGCUGCAGGCGACCUCCACUCCCUUGAUUGAAAGGUCAAUAGAGCGGGCCACGGGUGUCGUCUACAAUAUUACUGGAGGCAAAGACCUAACUCUGCAAGAAGUAAACAGAGUGUCACAGAUCGUGACUAGCCUGGCAGACCCAUCAGCAAAUAUCAUCUUCGGUGCGGUGAUUGACGACAGAUACAGUGGUGAGGUCCACGUGACGAUAAUUGCAACUGGAUUUUCUCAAACAUUUCAGAAGACCCUCCUGAUGGAUCCCAAGUCAUCCAGACAGGAAGCACAGAAUGCUAAAAGAGCUAAGACGCCAGCCUCAGUACCCGAGCCGUCGCCCUUCCCGAGCAGAAGAGCCUUUUUGUGAGCCAAUUAAUGAAUUAGAAGAUAUACUUCUCACAAAAUUGCAUGCAGAUGCCUCACAGAAUAGUUCGAAUAUCCUCAUGAAUCAAAUUCUAGAGAUAGUAAACAAUGUAAAAAAAUCAUGUUUUAUCCCUUUUGCUGAUGGUUAUUUUACAUGCAUUCUAAUAA